AACAUCAAAAAUGUAGUGAUGGGGCUACUAGUACAGCAUGCUAUGAUAAGAAAACUUUUUCUUUAAUUUAAAAAAGACGAGAGCGGCAGACGAGCUGAGGUUUUUUCCCCGAUACCUGGCGGGUCCUGCCGGGGCGGGCUCUCACUCAGUACACACCGCUGCCGAAGGACACAGCCGGUGACGAGGCCCGUAUUUCCCGCAGCGCGUUCUGUACGUACAUGAGGAAAUCCCACUGAACCUUCCCUCCACAAAGAUACUGCGGGUCGGGGAUGAUGCCUGCUGGACAGAGAGCCGUCUCAGAUUCCCAUCUUCAUCCAGGAUCUGUGUGUUUUCCGGCUCCAUGGGGAGCGCAGCACCCGGGCACUGUCACUCCGCCACCCGCGGCCUCCCAUCAUCCCGUACGGGGAAGCCGUCUCCACCGCAGGAAACAGGAGGGCAGGGCAAGCCCCUCCUGCCAAAUCCUCAUGUGUAUUGCCGCACUAUCUGUAUGCAAGCCGCUGCUCCCCCUGCACCGCGCCGAUAACUUUCUUUGCCAGGCUUCGCGCCGCCCGCCGCUACCGAAGGACCACCCAGAGUGGUGGUGGGCUUAGGGUGGCAAACUUUCUGCCCAGAUGGGCCAGGGUGGCAGUUUUGUUUUUCCUUUAUCUUCAACAUCACGGCUGCAACACCAUCCUCCCUCGGGCGCGCCACGCUGAGCGGGGGGCGGUGCGGUGGAGCCCUGCGCUCGUUCCGGCAGCGGGCGUCGCUCCGUUUCGGUCCGCACCGCACCGGAGAAAGGGCGGCAGGCUCCGGCAGGCUCUGCUGCUGCUGCCGCCACCGCCGCCCCCGUCGCAGGACGAGAAGGAUGGAGCCGGGCAAGGAGCCCCGAGUGAUAACAGGGGAGAAGCCUAGCGAACCAGAGCCGGCGGUUUCCUUCCAGGCCCGGCUGUGGAAGAACCUGCAGCUGGGGGGCAAGGGCCGGAGCGGCGGCGGGCGGGCAGCAGCCGAGCGCCGCACUGCGGAGCCCCUCGCCCCGCCGCCGGCGGCUGGCAGCAAGGGGGAACUCCAGCCCAGUGGCAAGUGGAGCGGCUUCAAGCGGCGGCGGCAAGUGCUAGACCGUGUCUUUUCGUCCUCCCAGCCCAACCUAUGCUGCUCGGCCGCCAAGACGCUGGAGCCGGCCGCCGAGUCCGGCUCCGCCCUGCGCCGCCUGCGGGAGCACCUGCUUCCCCAAGGCAAGGGUCCGCCGCCCGGCCGCCGCCCGGAGACCGCCGCCGGCUGUGAGGGCACGGCGGGUGGCAGGGAGGGGCGCCGGCCCGGGGCGCAUCUGUCCCACCAGAAGAGCUCCUCGCUGCCCAGUACCGCCUGCCUGGAGCAGCUGCUGCAGGGCUCGCCCACUGCCGGCAGGAUCCAGGACCAGCGGACGGAGGACGGCGACAGCAGCGCAAGAACAAAUUCAUUUGGAACUAGUAAUGCAGAUUUGCCCUCUGGGGACCCUGGAAUGUACCAGUUGGAUGUUACUCUAAGGAGAGGACAGAAUCUAGCUGCACGGGACCGUGGAGGAACAAGUGAUCCAUAUGUCAAAUUCAAACUUGGAGGAAAAGAAGUAUUUAGAAGUAAAACAGUACACAAGAACCUCAAUCCUGUGUGGGAAGAAAAAGCUUACAUUCUUAUAGAUAACCUAAGAGAACCAUUGUAUAUAAAGGUAUUUGAUUAUGACUUUGGACUUCAAGAUGACUUCAUUGGUUCAGCAUUUUUGGAUCUCACAUCAUUGGAAUUAAACAGGCAAACAGAUGUUAGCUUGAGUCUGAAGGAUCCUCAUUACCCUGACCAUGAUAUGGGAAGCAUAUUCCUGUCAGUUCUGUUGGCUCCAGGAGACCAGCGAGAAGCGACAAUGCAAAUGAGGAAGAGUUGGAAAAGAUCAAGUAAGUUUCAGACCCAGAGCUUACGUCUCUCAGACUUGCACAGAAAGUCUCAGUUAUGGAGAGGGAUAGUUAGUGUUACCUUAAUAGAAGGUCGUGAACUUAAGGCGAUGGAUGCAAAUGGGCUCAGCGAUCCUUACGUGAAGUUUCGUUUGGGGCAUCAGAAGUACAAGAGCAAGAUUGUUCCAAAAACUUUGAAUCCUCAGUGGAGGGAGCAGUUUGACUUUCAUCUCUAUGAAGAACGAGGUGGAAUUAUUGAUAUUACCGUGUGGGACAAAGAUGUUGGCAAAAAGGAUGAUUUCAUUGGCAGGUGCCAGAUUGACCUGUCGACCCUAAGUAAGGAACAAACCCACAAGCUGGAGAUGCCGCUAGAGGAGGGAGAGGGAUACCUGGUGUUGCUGGUCACUCUCACAGCCUCAGCUGCAGUCACUAUCUCUGACCUCUCCAUCAACUCCUUGGAGGACCAGAAAGAGCGAGAGGAGAUACUGAAGAGAUAUAGUCCAAUGAAGAUGUUCCAUAACAUCAGCGAUGUGGGAUUUCUUCAGGUGAAGGUCAUCAGGGCAGAAGCACUGAUGGCAGCUGAUGUCACAGGUAAAAGUGACCCAUUUUGUGUAGUUGAAUUGAACAAUGACAGACUGCUGACACAUACUGUCUACAGGAACCUCAAUCCAGAAUGGAACAAAAUCUUCACAUUCAAUAUAAAGGACAUCCAUUCAGUGCUUGAAGUGACAGUUUACGAUGAAGACCGCGAUCGAAGUGCUGACUUUCUAGGCAAAGUUGCUAUACCAUUGCUGUCUAUUCAAAAUGGUGAACAGAAAGCCUACGUCUUGAAAAACAAGCAGCUGACAGGGCCAACAAAAGGGGUCAUCUAUCUUGAAAUAGAUGUGAUUUUUAAUGCUGUGAAAGCCAGCAUACGAACCUUAAUGCCCAAAGAACAGAAGUACAUUGAAGAGGAAGACAGACUGUCUAAACAGCUACUGUUAAGGAACUUCAUCCGGAUGAAGCAUUGUAUCAUGGCGCUCGUUACUGCUGUCUGCUAUAUUAGCAGUUGUUUUGACUGGGACUCUCCACCAAGAAGUCUAGCUGCUUUUUUGCUUUUUCUUUUUGUGGUCUGGAACUUUGAGCUGUACAUGAUACCACUGGCUUUGUUGCUACUGCUGGCAUGGAACUACUUCUUGAUCAUAUCAGGAAAAGAAAACAGGCAACAUGAUACAGUAGUGGAGGACAUGCUAGAGGACGAGGAAGAAGAGGAUGACAGAGAUGACAAGGACAGUGAAAAGAAAGGAUUUAUGAAUAGACUUUAUGCCAUCCAGGAGGUGUGUGUCACUGUCCAGAAUAUCCUAGAUGAAAUUGCUUCCUUUGGUGAAAGGAUCAAGAAUACAUUCAACUGGACUGUCCCAUUCCUGAGCUGGCUGGCAAUUGUUGCCCUUUCUGUGUUCACCAUCAUCCUGUAUUUCAUUCCACUGAGAUACAUUGUCCUUGUCUGGGGCAUCAAUAAAUUUACGAAGAAGAUUCGAAAUCCAUAUGCAAUUGAUAACAACGAGCUACUUGACUUUCUGUCCAGAGUCCCUUCUGAUGUGCAAGUGAUGCAAUACCAUGAACUGAAACAAGAUCCUACUCACAGCCCAAGCAAAAGAAAGAAAAACAAUCCUGCCUAGCCAACUUCAUGUGUUGAGGAGACCAGCAUCUGCCAGGGGAAGAUAAAAGAGCAAGCCUAAGAAGCAUUUCCUUUCUCUAAGAUUUUUAUUUAUAUUGCCUUUUUAUCUAGUGGGGAGAUUUUGUAACAGUAUUAAAAGGUGGAAAAUGGUUUCUCAUGGGAAAUCUAUUUCUCAUUGUAAAGACAUUUGUUUCUAGUAGGGUUUUUGCCAUUUUAAAGCCUUGUUAGAAACAAUUUAACACAUAAAAUCAAUCAAUCUAAAAUGGAGACUAUAUAAUGCUACUUGGUGGUCAAAGAUACAUGACAUAGUCAAAUCAUGCAAACUAAACCUACAAAAUGUUUAAAUCUGACUCAGAAAUUUCUCAGAUUUUAUUUGUGAGCAUUAAUAUUUUUAUCUAGUAAGUUAUCAUUACAGUUUUCUAUGUUUUAUAUAUUGCAAGAGAAAUACAAUGUAGUGGAGCUUACUGCACUUAAGUUUUAGCAGAUUUUUUAAAAUUUCAGACCCUGAUGUUAAUUCCUGGUGCAACAUUUUUCUAUGUGGUAGGGCUGCCUAUAAGACAGUGAGAAACACCAAGUGCAAAUCUCUUUCUGGAGCUCCCUAAACCAGUUCCUGCUGUCUUUAUCAUUCCAUUGUAAGACCUAAGAAUCUCUGUUUCAGAAUACUGCCAGGUUUGUAACUGACUGCCUAUCAUAUUUUUCUACAUGUACCAGUAGUCUUCAUUUAUACUACAUAGCUUAACUCUAAUGGGUAAAACUAACUCCAUACUGCUUUGGGUGUCAUGCUAUGAACACUUUUUGUGCACAUUACUAUUUUAAUAUGGAUAUAUUGCAGAAAACGUUUUUCAUUCUAAUCACAAGAUCGUAUUAAUAUGCUUUAUGGUAUAACAUUGCCUGUUACCAAUGUGAAAUACUGUGUAGUGGAAAAAAAUGCAGUUGUGGUAAAACUGAUAUACCAGGGUUUUUUCCUUAGUUAAUAAUGUCAGUUCUUCUGAUCUGAUCUUUCCCUACUGCAUGGAAACUGCAUUGUCUUAUAAAUUACAUGGAACAUAGAUGAGAAACAUUUACAUUUCAAAUGUCUUAGUGGCCACUGCAUAACGAGUACUUGGGGAUAUAUUCUGGUAGCUGCAUGCAGACUUCCACACUCAGCUCCCCACAUAGUGAGCAGAGACUCAUUCCUGAGGGACUACCUGUGCACAGCUCCUCAUUAUUAGUUCCCAGUGACAUUAAAGGGGAUUUUUUGCCCAGGGGAGAGCAACAAGACUGCAUCCUCAAGGGGGGCUGUGGUCCUCUCCGGAUUACCUCUCACUGGUUGCAAUUGCAGAUAAAGUUAUAUUGCACUACUCUAAAAAUACUUUUUGAAAAGUCUAUUUAGAAAUACUUUGCAAGCACAUGUGAAUAUGUAUUUGUCCAAAGAAAUAUGUGUUAGUUGCAUUGCUCAUGAAGGAUCAUCCUGGAUUUCUUUGUUUUGCAGAUAAGAUGAUAGCCAAGUUCUUAUGUGACAGUUACUUUGAUCCUUCUGUUUGUACAUUUAAAAGAAUGCCAAUCGAAUUAAUCAUCUGCAGAAUCAUCUUGGACUUAAACAAGCUCUUGUUACAUCAUGACUUUGAAAGAGUUUAAUUUUGCAGCUUGUGUAACCUUUUGGCUGUAUGCUACCUAAUAAGCAACAUACUAUUGGUGAAAUCAGAAGCACUGCUCAGCCUGUUUUGUUUUAAAAAACCAAAUUUGUGACUCAACAAGAUGUGAAUGUUUGUUGCCUGUUGUCAGUUUUGCACAUUUCUUUAAUACGCUGCAAGCCUUGUACCUUCUUAAUGUUGCCCACCAGCCUGCGUGUGAUUUCUUGUUGUCUUUUUUUUUUGUACAUAGUUUCAAAUGUCUGCUUUGGUGGUAAUAUCUGAGCUGGUUAUGCAUGUUUCCAGAAUUAAACAGACUUCUAAGCAUCACUCUGUUA